UGAGAAAGCUGACAGAAGCCGCUCGAAGUGGUCGAUAAAGCCGUUUUGUUGUAUUUAGUCUUCCUUCUGUACACAUUGUUGGGCCUCCGCGCGUUUUAGAAACAAUAAGAAGAUGUUUGAGUGAAUAUAAGUGCCGCUGAUUACCUCCUUUUAUUCUCGUCUCAGUGCACUUUAAGGCUUCCCGCGUUAGCUUAGCUUGCUAGCUGCUGACAAAGAGACGCAGAAGUGAGCAACGCGCCGCUAAACACUAAACAGCGAUCAGAUCAGCAAGAGUGGACCUCCAGGAUGGAGCAGGAGGUACCAAGGACCCCCCACAUUAAAGAGGAAGAGGAGGAGCCACACAUUAAAGAGGAAGAAGAGGAACACAGCAUCAGUCAGGGGAGAGAGCACCUUGAGGGAUUGGAGGAGUUCCCAGUGACUGGUGUCCCUGUGAAGAGUGAAGGAGAUGAGGUCAAAGGUGAAAGUGAGGAGCAGAGAGGGGCGGAGCCUCCAAGCAGCAGCUCAAGUCAACACAUGACAACAGAAGGUGACGGUGGAGACUUAGCUCCGCUGUCAGAUAGUGACGAGACGACGUCUCACUCUUCUCACACGGAUGAUGAAGACUCUAAAGCGGAUCGGACUAGCUUGAAAUGUUCUCACUGUGACAAGACUUUUGUCAACAAGUCAACUUUGAACACACACGUGACGAUUCACGCGGGCGAGAAACCGUUCAGAUGCACAUUUUGCAGUAAAAGAUUCUCUAUCAAAGGACGUAUGAUAGCGCACACGAGAACCCACACCGGAGAAAAACUCUACGGCUGCUCGAUGUGCGACAAGAGGUUUUCUCACCGCUCAGCCUUUGUGCGACACAAGCGAGCCCACGCCAGCGAGAAACCCUUCACCUGCAACGUUUGCGGGAAAUGCUUCGCUUUCGUCGGAGGCCUGGAAACCCACCUGCGAACUCACACCGGUGAAAAACCCUAUUCUUGCUCCGUCUGCAACAGAGGUUUCUGCGACCAUUCGUCGUUUGUCCGACACGCGAGGACGCACACGGGGGAGAAACCAUAUUCUUGUGCAGUCUGCGCUCGGCGUUUCACUCAGACGUCGGCGCUGGUCAAGCACACGCGAAUACACACCGGGGAGAAACCUUUCAUCUGCUUAGUGUGUGGCCUGAGAUUAACCCAGAAGUCGCACCUGACAAAACACAUGAGGACGCACACCGGCGAGAAAGCCUUCAGUUGCCGCGUGUGUGAUGAAAGGUUCUCUUACAAGUACCAGGUGGACAGUCACGGGUGUGCUGGUGAGAAGACACAACGUAACACUCGUUAG